AUGGAUGGACUCGGCAUUGACCACCGCUAUCACCACCAACACCAACACCAACACUUUGGCCAUGCGCCAUUCGCACCACAGCAAUUGCCAUCACAGCCUACGCGCAAGCGCAAGGCCGAAGUGCCACCAGAGAACAAUGAACGUCUAUCCAAACGGAUGAGUUUAUUGAAUCUCGAACACUCCGGCCAAAAGCUUUACGUUCCAGUCGAAAGCCCCGACGCUCACUAUGUAGACGCCAGCGCGGCCACCAAAUCCCAGAAAACUCGGCGCCACAAACAACCCAUCGAUGACUCGCAAAUGCAGCUCGACGAUUCUAAGUACAAAGUCUACAUCUACAACAUCGACGACGAGCUCUCCUCAUCCGACAACGAGAGCGAAAGCGCCGACGGCAAGCUCGUCUUCCUCCCCGACAUUGAGAAGCACCUGCUCGCCAGCCGCAUCCCGACGCGCGUGCUGGACCCGAGGCCCGACCCGUGCGCCGAGCUGGCGGGAAAGGAGCUCGUGUUGUACAGCGUGCCGAGUUCCAUCUCGAUUCCCGAGGAGCAAGACAGCGUACGCAAGGCUAUUAUUGAAGCGAGAGCCAGGGCGAGGGAGAAGCAGCGGGCUGGGAUGCUGCAGGCUGCUGCUCGCCAGGCGCUCGUGCCUGUGCCGGCGAUGUCAUCAUCGCCAUUAUUGACGGUUGGGCCGAUGGAGGCUGAGCCAUUGGUUGGGUUCGAGGAGGACCCAGAUGCGAUGGAGCUUGAUUAA